CAUUACCGCCAUUACAGUGUAAUACUCGAAUCGAUCGGGGGCGAGAGGUCUAUAGAUAUAACGAUUAAACGAUACUCCUCUCGCGAAACGAACGGAUACAAAAGUCGAUAUCACAUCGUCGCAAGUAAUAAGUCGAUAGCUGAUCGCGCGGGGGCCAUCGUUGCCUUUCGACGCGAGGGAUUGAAUUGAACUUCGAUAGCCGCGAAAAAGAGUGUGGAACUGAGCGACGUCGGUCCGGAACUAUAUGUGUAUUGUGUAUACGUGGGGAGAAAUUAGAUAUAUCGGAGCAGUGCGUUCGCGGUAAAAUUCGUCACAGUUCUUAGUUCGCAGUUCGCACAGCGCACUCGCGUCUGCUCGCAUCUGUUCGCGUCGCCGGCGCGGCGAGGCGAGGCGACCGACGCGCGACGCGCGACUCUCGCGCGGCGAUGCCUUCUUCCAUGGUUCGCAGUCUGCACGCGAGACACGCGAGACGCGAUAUGAAUUGUAUUUGGCGUUUCAUUCCGAUUGAUCGAAUGUCGUAGUUAUACUUAAUUGGAUUGUUGGGAAUAUUGGGUGAGCGAUUAUAUUGGAGCUUUUGUCGCGGUGACAUUCGCUCUCCACUCUCCAGGCUCUCCUGCCAUAGGUCAUAAAACGAUAUACCUACAUGCCGGUGAUCGCAGGUGAUCGCAUGUCGAACGUACUCGAGUGUACGGCAUGGAGAGUAACAAACAAACGUUGGUGAACAACCCGGCGGUGAAGCCAGGCACGUCGGACGACAACAAGGAUGAUAUACAAAUGGUACUGGCAAAAAUGAUGGAGGAGAAGCACACGUAUACGUAUAAGAAAUUGGUGGUGCCGCCGUCGAUGCGAAGUAUUUACUGGAAAUUCUUUGGAUUUCCAGCCACCGAUGACGGUGACAUUCUCACCAAGGUAAAAAUUGUCUGCAUACUGUGCAAGACGCAGAUCGCCUACAAUCGUAAUACCAGCAACUUACGUAUGCACCUGCAGAACAAGCAUGCUCAGGAACUGAGAGACCUCGAAUCCUCCAAUCUGCCGACUACAAAACAGAUCGUCUCACUGGACAACAAGGAGCGAAAGAUGCAGAAGAAGCUGCUUAAGGGCCUAAGCCCUGCUAAAUAUAUCUAUACCACUAAUGCAGAUGGUACCGUUCAGAUUGAUGGUGAUAUACAAUUUGUUACAGAUCCUAACAUAAGUCUGUCAAACAUGGAGGAUGAUAUCACCAUUGGUCAACCACUGAGAGUAAUGAUCAAGGGUGGCUCUGGUAUUAACAGUAACGGCCAGAACGUAGCGUUCCUCAUGGAGGAAAAUGUCAAUCAGUCAGUCGAUGUAAAAACUGUGUCGGAAGCUAUUGCGGACUUUCUAAUUAUGGAUUUGCAAUUGCCCGAGAUCGUAGAGGGACGUGGAUUCCAAAGACUAGUGGCAACUCUACGCUCACCUUGCGAGAUCCCCAGCAAAAACAAGCUGGAAGAAGAGAUAAUACCUGGAAUAUAUGAUACCUUUCGGGAAUCUGUGAGAACUUCCUUGUCCUAUAUUGCCUCCGAACUGGCAUUGACCAUUGAGGAGUGGCAGUCCAAUAAUAAUGAGAAUUUCGUUACUAUGUCAGUUUAUUAUCAAAAUGAUGAAGAGGUUACUUUAGAAUGUAAGAUUUUAAGCACUUUUCACGCACCGUUAGAUUGGGAGGAAUCCCAUUGGGGAACUGUUAUAGAGUCUCUGUUACGUGAAUGGGAGCUUAAAGUAGAGAAAAUAACGGCAGUGGUUGUUAGUACUUCAAAAACAAAUUUGCUCACGGCGCUGACUAACCGUGGCUUCACCGUAGUGCCAUGCUUGCUUCAUACUCUGCAAAUGUGCGCACAGGCUUGCUUCGAGAAUCCUGAAGUAUCUCAAACGUUAGCCAAAUGCAGAUCGGUUAUUGGUGCUAUCAUAAGCCAUCCACGUGCACUUGAAACCUUGACUAUGCAAGAACAAUUGUCAGAGUUGGAUGAAAAUACUAUAUUCCUAGAUUAUCCAGCCAUAUGGAUAUCUACAUACACGAUGCUGGAACAAAUAAUUGCACGCCGUAACAUGAUUGUCUCUAUAUUAGAAAAUACCGAUGGGAUAGAUCAUGAAAUGUUUGAAAUAUCCAACGAACAGUGGAAAAUUAUGGAAGAUAUUGUCAAUGUUCUCGCGCCGUUCAAAGUUACUAUUAUGACAUUAAGCGAAGAAAAAAUGCCUCUAAUAUCCCUAUUGAAACCAUUACUUUGGCAACUUGUAUCUUCGCAUCUUAAAGUGAAAGAAUCAGACAGUAACACAGCUAAGACUUUUAAAGAAUCCUUGUCGGAUAUGUUAUUCGAACGAUAUGCAGAUUACAAUGUCACAUUGUUUCUACAAAUUGCAACUACUUUGGAUCCCAGAUUUAAAACAAUGCCAUAUGUCACUGAAGAAGAUAAAAGUGUAGUCAGCACACCUAUAAAGGAAAGAUUGACGAAAUUAAUUCAGGAAGAAUCUGGGGAUGUUUCGAUAAAGAACGAAGAUGAGGCAGUACCAAGUAAAAAAACUAAAGUCUCAGGUAUGGAAUUCUUACUUGGUGGCUUAUGUACUACAAAGGCCGGUAUGCCCGCGGAGGAAAAAGCUGAUCUCGAAAUUGUUCAAUAUCAGUCGGAACCUACAGCACCUCUCGAUUAUUGUCCGCUGCAAUGGUGGUCGAAAGUGUCGGCGAAAUGUCCGAAUCUGGCAAAGUUAGUGAGCAGAUAUCAUUGUGUGCCCGCUUGUUGCGCACCACCUUCACGCAUCCCGCCAGACGUGCAGAUUCAAUAUGAUACAAGGCGAGCAACUUUACCGCCUCAUCUGAUUGACAAACUACUCUUUUUGCAUGGUAAUCAUACUAUGCAGAUGUAAAAAAAAGUUUCUAAGCCUGCAAGAUGCUGCCUGAAAAAUAUCUCGCUGUGGUAUAUAGGAUAUUUUCACG